AUGGUAUUAAAUAAAAGAUCUGUUGAAGAAUCCCUAAGGAAGGAUCUCAAACAUCACCAACAAUCUGCGUCAAUAGGGUCAGUAGCAGCAGUCGCCAACAAAACAACUAGUUCCCCUGUAAAUGCUGCAAAAAAGAAAUCAAACGUGAACAACAACAAUAAUAAUAAUAAUAAUAAUAAUAAUACUGCAACUAACAAUAAUGUAACAACAAAACAACAAAGAAAGCAACAACUUUUAAAAACAACAAAGAAGAAUUUUCAUCAUAAUAGAACAGUUGUAGUUGCAAUAGGUGUAUUCAUGUUCUUUUACUACCUAUCAAUGAUGUAUGUCAGAUAUCAACACAGAGGUGUCAUUGGAUUUGCAGAUUCACUUUGGCUAUGCAAUUUAGCUGUCAUUUUUGGUUUUGUCUCAAUCUGGUUGGACAGACCAUUCCUUCUUGGUGUUGCCCUCAAUGCAACUCUUAUUGUGCAUGCACUCUGGGUGAUUGAUGUCAUUUCAUACUUUACCGUGGGUGUAUUCCCAAUUGGCAAUGCAGAAUACAUCUCGUGGCCAAAUAUCACCUGGGGUGAAAUCAUCACAUCGACCCAUCACGCUUGGUUUGUACCACUGUCAAUCUUUUGUUUGCAUAGAAAUGGUGGAUAUCCUCGAAAGGGUUGGGUAGGAAGUAUGGCAAUGACUAUUCCAGUCGUUUCAAUCUCUAAAUUAUUCCCAAGAGUAAUAUUAUUGGCCAGCGGUGAACAAUUUUAUUUAAAUAUCAAUCAAGCACAUGAAUGGUGGGAAGAUAUGGAAGGUUGGCCAUGGGAUCUCAUUCCAAAGGAAAAGAAUGAAUACUUUUUGUUUUUAAUCUGCUUUAGUGGAGUACUGUUUACAGUGACCCAUGCUUUUAUGAAGUUACUUUGCUAUCUUGUUAUUAAAAAAAAUUAA